UAAGUCUUUACUGAAAUGAAUUAAAUUUCUGCUGUUUUUGUUCAAUGAAUUGUAAGAAGGAAUGCAGUUCUUGCGAUUUUUGAGGCUCCCAAAUUUGUCAAGAAAUUUGAACUCUGUUUAUCAUGCAGCGCGCUACAGGACUUAUCAUAAUGUAAAACCAAAAAUUGACCAGAGAAUUAUUUUGCGGAAACAAAGCCCAACAAAUGACUUUCAAAAGCGAGAAAUAGGGAUUGGUAGUCUCGCUAAAUUUGUGGUGAAUCAUGGAACCAAACUACGAUACUGGGUUGUGGGGGCUACAGUUGGUACUGGGGUAUAUGCGAAAAAUACAUACGAAACAUGGAGUGAAAAACUGGAAACAUAUUUUCCCGAUGUAAAAUAUUGGGCAGAGAGAUCCGGUGAUGUACGUUGGCAUGUUAGUACUGCUGUUCGAAAUCGCUUUGAUAAGGGCAGAGCUAGAUAUGAUAGUUUAAAGGAGCGGUACAGGAACUAUGAGUGGCCUGAUAUUGAUGUAAUAAACUCAUAUUUGCCUCACACUAAAGAUGGUACUGUUACGAGCUCAAGUAUUCUUAGCAGCGCUGGUGUGAAGUUUUUAACCACUUCAGAUCCAGAUGGAAACUCAAAAUCAUCAAAAAAUGGAAAACCAAAUGACGAUAAAAAAAAGAUUGAAAAAUUACAAGGAGAAGUAGUGGAUGUAGAACUUAAGUAUCAAAAACUUAUUGAAAAGUUGGAAAGAGAAAACCGCAAUUUGCGAAAACUAUUGCUCUCCAAAGACGAUAAAGAUAUUUACCGGCGAAAAAUUAAGAAAUCUUUAAUUGAUAUGUACUCUGAAGUUUUGGACGAAUUGGCUGAUUAUGAUACAAACUAUAGGACCCAAGAUCACUUGCCUAGAGUUGUGGUUGUAGGAGACCAGAGUGCCGGGAAAACGAGUGUAUUAGAAAUGAUAGCACAAGCGAGAAUUUUUCCUCGUGGCUCAGGAGAAAUGAUGACAAGAGCUCCUGUAAAAGUCACGCUAAGCGAAGGUCCAAAUCACGUUGCACAAUUCCGUGACAGCUCCAGAGAAUUUGAUCUUUCGAAAGAAGAAGAAUUAAAAUCUCUACGACAUGAAAUUGAGCUCAGAAUGAAGAGUAGUUGCUCUGAUGGUAAAACUGUCAGUAAUGACACGAUUUCUCUCACUGUAAAGGGCCCAGGUCUGCAGAGGAUGGUACUAGUGGAUCUUCCAGGCAUGAUAAGUACUGUUACCAGUGGUAUGGCACCUGAUACUAAGGAUGCAAUAUGUAACAUGAGUAAACAUUACAUGGAAAAUCCCAAUGCAAUAAUCCUCUGCAUUCAAGACGGCUCUGUAGAUGCAGAACGCAGCAUUGUAACAGACCUAGUCAGUCAAAUGGACCCCUCCGGCCGCAGAACUAUCUUUGUUUUAACCAAAGUCGACCUGGCUGAAAAAAAUAUCACCAAUCCCAGCCGAAUCCAAGAAAUUUUGGACGGAAAACUGUUCCCAAUGAAAGCGUUGGGUUAUUUUGCUGUGGUAACUGGUCAAGGCAGUGCUAAUAGUAGUAUUACUGACAUUAAAGAGUAUGAAGAAGAAUUCUUUUCUAAUUCAAAGGUUUUUAAAUCCGGGUUGCUAAAAGCAAGCCAAUUGACAACUGCAAAUUUAAGCUAUGCUGUCUCAAACUGCUUUUGGAAAAUGGUAAGAGAAUCUGUAGAGCAACAAGCAGAUGCGUUUAAAGCUACACGAUUUAAUUUAGAAACAGAAUGGAAAAAUAAUUUUCCUCGCGUAAGGGAAUUGGAUAGGACCGAAUUAUUUGAAAAAGCUAAAAAUGAAAUUCUUGAUGACAUGCUUUCUCUGGUCAAUAUACCACCACAAAAAUGGGAGGCUACAUUGCAGACUCGAAUGUGGGAUAAUGUGUCUAACCACGUAAUUGAGAAUAUUUACCUGCCUGCUGCGCAGUCUGAAGACCCUGGCACAUUUAACACAACAGUUGAUAUAAAGCUUAAGCAGUGGGCAGAGAAGCCUUUACCUAAUGCUUCUAUAAAUGUGGCGAAGGAGACUUUAUUAGAAGAAUUCUCAAAAGUUCUGCAGUCUGACUCCACUGAUCCAGAAGAAAAAAUCACAAAUGGAAAUCAAGAUCCGAUUUUUAAAGCUCUUCGGCAAGCUGUACGAGAUGAAGCUGUAUCAAGACACACGUGGAAUAGUGAUUUCUUGGAAAUUCUUAGAGUUAUUCAGCUAAAUGCUUUAGAGGAUCGUUCAAUUUCCGAUAAACUGCAAUGGGAAAGUGCAGUGAAAUUUAUUGAGGAUAAUUUGGGCAUGUUACUGAAUAAAACCGAGUCAAAAAUACAAGAAAUUAUUGGACAUGGGACUUGGCAUAGAUGGACACACUGGAAGUCUAGAACUUGGGAAGAACAUCAGAAAAAUGAAAUUUUUAACCAACUUGAGAACCUGUUUCAUACGAGAAAACAACACGGGCCAUAUCUUGCCAGUGAUGAACUCACAACGAUUCGAAAAAAUUUAGAAACACGCGGAAUUGAAGUUAACAAGGAAGCAAUUAUUGAUACAUGGCAGUUGGUUUAUAGAAAGCAUUUCCUAAGUACUGCUUUAUCAAGGUGUACAACAUGUAGAAGGGAGUUUUACCGACACCAUGCAAGUGGAAUGUCUCAAAGCUUGGCCGAUGAGGAGGCUGAAAACGUGGACUGUAGUGAUGUCGUCCUCUUCUGGAGAAUCCAAAAGAUGCUGAGCAUCACAAGUAAUGCUCUUCGUCAGCAAGUGAUGAACACGGAAGCUCACAGGCUUGAAAAUGAGGUCAAAGAAGUGGUAGAAGACUUUGGUCAAAAUCGCGAGUUAAAACAAAAACUUUUGACUGGGAGGCGUGUGGAGCUUGCCGAGGAAUUACGAAAAGUUAGGGAUGUACAACAAAAACUUGAAGAAUUUAUUGAAGCACUUCGCAAAGAGAGAUGAGUGUUUUAAAAUUGAAUUAUUUAUCCACAAUAGCAUUAAUGUAAUGCACUAGCACAGUAUUUUCACUUAUUGUUGCAGUUUGUAAAAGAGCAGGCACGCUAACCUGGGGUGGCAGGAAGGCAGUCUUAACCCGGAAUUUACUACACUGCAAUAAUCAGUAAACAAUACAGCCAAUUUGGUGAAAUGUGUUUAACAGUAUUGUGUGUCUAACUAUCCCUGCAUCUUAAAAGUUUGGCACUCAUGGGCCCAUUUGUCUAAUUUAUAACUCACUUUUACAAAUGAUUUAAUAUCCUUGCCUUUAUUCAUUACAAUACUAUUUACCACUACUUGAAUUAGUUGUUUAAUUUGCUAUUUUUGUUUUGUUUUUCAGUCUGACUAAAAUUUUAAGCUAUUAAAAAUACCUUUCAAAUUUUUAAUUAAUAUCAUACAGAUGGUAUGAGCAACUUAUUACACUGUGUUAAUAGAAGAGUUCAGAUUUCAUUUGUGUUCCUUUAAAUUAAUGAUGGUAUAUAAUAAUGUAUAUAUAUAUAUAUACAUAUAUAUAUUCUUAGGAGCCAUAUGUGUAAUGCUUUAACUCUAUUCUAAUUAAAAAUAUUUGACACUAUAAAUACAUGCAUGUAACUUAAAAGUCAUUAGCAAUUGUCACUGACUUUAAAUGUUUAAUACAGCAUUGUAAGUUUGA